AACUGCACAUGCGCAGACAGCCGCAGCUUUCGAAGUCAUAUGAUCCGUGUACAGCCGAUCAACAGGUUGUUUAUUUACAGGGGAUCCGCUGAAAAGCAGGAUUUAAAGCAAACAUACACUCAAAUCAACUUUCACCUCCGCCUGAUGUGAUCUGUGUGUGGCUCCGUGUCUCCCUUGUGGGCCGAUCUCUGAGGACUGUGGGCCGGGUCAUGAGACUCCAGGGGUGGGUCUCCGUCUGUAACCUGGCAGCCGGAUUCCUCUCCUCACCGUCCCGGAGGCUGGCGGCUCUCAGGGGCAACAAACACGUGUGUGUCUUCAGUGUGAGUGCGGCUAACAACAUGGCAGAGGAGGCGAAGAAACUGGCCGCUUACGUCGCCGUGGACAACCACGUCCAGAACAACCAGGUGGUCGGAGUCGGCAGCGGGUCGACCAUCGUUUAUGCCGUGGACAGAUUAGCCGAGAGAGUUCGACAAGAGAAACUCAACAUAGUGUGUGUUCCUACCUCCUUCCAGGCUCGCCAGCUGAUUCUGCAGCACGGCCUCACGCUGUCGGACCUGGACAGGCACCCGGAGCUGGAUGUGGCGAUCGACGGGGCAGACGAAGUGGACGCAGACCUCACUCUGAUAAAAGGUGGAGGCGGCUGCUUGACUCAGGAGAAGAUCGUCGCCGGCUGCGCUAAACAUUUUGUCGUCAUUGCCGACUACAGGAAAGACUCCAAGGCUCUGGGCCAGCAGUGGAAGAAGGGAGUUCCCAUCGAGGUUAUCCCCAUGGCGUACGUUCCCGUUUCCAGGACGAUAGCCAAGCGCUUCGGAGGGGAGGCCAACUUGCGGAUGGCUGUCAGUAAAGCAGGUCCUGUGGUGACCGACAACAGCAACUUCAUCCUGGACUGGAAGUUUGAGCGCGCUCAGAACUGGAAGGAGGUCAACACCGCCAUCAAGAUGAUUCCAGGUGUGGUGGACACGGGGCUCUUCGUCGGCAUGGCUGAACGGGCCUACUUCGGGAUGGAGGACGGCAGCGUUCAGAUCCGAGAUCCUCCGGUCAACUGAUGAGUCCGACACAAUCGCCGUCUUCUCUCCUCGCCUCUCGACCGACCUCACUUCUCCCGCAAGUGCCGAAUUUAAAGCCAGGCUGUGUUUGAACCGAAGCUGCACCUCCUCCAGAGCUGGACAAAAAAAGUGCAGCAGAGAAGUUUCCACCAAUCAAAGGUCACUUGAUUUCUCUCAUCCUGCAGGCGGUGCUUCUGAUUCUGUGAGUUUUAAAGUGCCUGAUGGGUGAAAUCAAUUGAUAUUCUUAGCGUGUUUUUUGUCUGUGUCGUUUCUCAGUGUGUCUUUCUGGUCACACUGGGAAUGUUUCCUGUAAUUGGAGGGUUUCACUGAAUGUCUGCAGAGAGAAAUUAAGGUGUGCCUUGAGGUUAUAGUUAAAAAAGGAAAAAAAAAAAUGCUGUGAAGGUUACAUUUAAAAAUCUCAUAAACCGAUAAGCAGUCGGUUUGAAUCUCAACUCACUGUAGGCAGCUGAGAAAUUAAUUAAUUUCACUAAUUAAUAUGCAAAUUUGAACAGCAAGAAGCUCCAUAAGUUAAUAAGGAAACCUGUGGUGCAGAUAUGAAGCUUCUGUUGUUUGUUUUUCGUGUUGCGAAGACGCAUGAGGCAGACAUAGAAAUAAAUAGAGCAGUCUGUUAUGUACCGUAUACACACACAGGUCAGCUCUAAUGCAUGUUUUCCUGCUGUUUAAGGAAAAUUGUGCUUCAAAAAUGAGUAAAAAUGUCCCGUUUCUCUGUGAUCAUUCUGUAUAUCAGUGCUGAGCCUCAUUUUGUGCCAGUGUAGUGAUGCAUUUACAUCAUUCGAAAACACUUUUACACACUAGAAACUGUAUUUGUUGACGUUGACAUUGCGCAAUGUGUUUCUGGAUGUUAAUCUGAGAAUUACUCGCUUCUGGCAUGACAGGCUGCACUGAGCGAAUGCCGACUGUUCACGGAGCAGCUGCUGCAACAUUACAUUUCCAUUCUAAUCAAUUAAACCGGCUGUAACAGGCGUAAGUGCUGCACAUGUGCCAUGCAGGUCUGUCUUGUGGUUAGAUUUUUUUACGCAAAAUGUGACCGUUUUCACAGAAAUCAGUCAUAAAGUGUCAAUAUUCUUUAAAUGUAGCUUGCAGUAUACAAGAAAUUGACCGUUCUGUAUCAAAGUGGGCUUUUGCUUUGGACUCUUGAUCAACAUUUAUUGUUGUUUACACACUUUAUAGAUGCUAGCUUACCAGUAGUACACAAACUUGGUGAAAAACGUGAACAUUCACAGCCUCCACAAACUGAAGACACUAACUCAAAAUUUUGCUUUGCUGCAACUUUUCGCCACAAAAAGCCAGUUAUCAACAUAAAUUGCUACGUAACUUUAUGCCCUGCAGUCUACAGAUGUUAGCUCAUUUUGCUAGCAUCAGCCCCCGGUUGUUCAGUCACUUUAGUUGUUAGCUUACCAAUGUUACGCAAACUUGGUGAACAUUCAGUUUCCACAAACCGAAGAUGCUACAAUCCCAGAGCAAAAGCUAAAAUUUUUGCUUUGCUGCAACAUUUUGCCACAAAAAGCCAGUUAUCAACAUAAAUUGCUACGUAACUUUAUGCCCUGCAGUCUACAGAUGUUAGCUCAUUUUGCUAGCAUCAGCCACGGGUUGUUCAGUCAUUUUACAGUUGUUAGCUUACCAAUGUUACGCAAACUUGGUGAACAUUCAGUUUCCACAAACCGAAGAUGCUACAAUCCCAGAGCAAAAGCUAAAAUUUUUGCUUUGCUGCAACAUUUUGCCAUAAAUAGCCAUCAAACAUAAAUUGCUAAUUAACUUUACCGUGCAAGUUUACAGAUGUUAGCUUCCCCAUAUUACACAAACUCAGAGAACACGUGAACUUUAACACUUUCCAGAAAGAAAAGACGCCACAACAAAUCAAAAACCACAAUCUGCAGGAUAAAAGAAUAAAAAAAGACUUGUUUUAUCGUUUAUCCAGCUGUACAAAGCUGUAUACAUUCUGGAAGGCUGAACAUUAUGAGAACAUAAAGCCGCAUACUGGAACAUUGGCUUAAACUGGAAACUUAGUCAAAGAAAACUCAGGGUCAGGGUAGGAACUACUGCAGCUCACAAAAAAAAACCCAGCUUGUCGGACAGCUCGAUGGCCGGCUCAGAGUGCAGGUACUGGCCAGAGAGGAAGGCCGGUUUGUGGGCGUACCUGCAUGGCGCUGGAACACGGAUGGUGCCUGGCCCGUUCCAGUACAAACGGCACAUCUGGAACAUCAGCCUUUGCAAAUGUAGUGCCAGUAAAAAUAUAUUUUUCGCGUCAUAUCCACUCCAUAAACGUGGUUCAGUUUCGCCACGGUGUUGAAGUCACGUUAGCAGAGCUGGAUGGAGAAUUUUGGCUGUAGUAGUGAUUUUGUUUAUUCCUCUGGCCAGUGUAUUUGCGGUCAUGUUCGGUCACAUUUUGAUGCCAUUCUCCCAUGACGGCUGCUGUUGCUAUGAGCCCAUCGGUCUGGUUUCCUGCCCUGGGUGAAGACAGAGUUUGGAAAAUGUUUUGUGGUUUCCUCUGAGUUUCAGCAGCUGCUCCAGUCAGUCUGCAGGUUAACAUCCACACUUUAACUCACUUGUUUCUUAAAAAAAAAAACAACCUCUGAAUGUGUUCAGUGCAUGCACCUUCCUCCACUGUGUCGGUUCUUUUUGUGCCUGUAAGUCACUCUAGUGCCAUAACUUUAAAUAGGUAACAAUGAUGAAAAAUGGUUCCGUUCAAGUGUCACAUUUAUUGGAACUGGUAGCAAAACAGGUACGUUUUAUGUGCCUUGGCAUGCCAAAGCAAUAAAAUAUCAUUUUUAGAUUCAGAAGUAGCAGAAAUCUGAUUAUGUAGCUGCUGAUCUACGUGUUAAAAGCUGCACUGUGAGGCUUUAGGAGCAACUUUUCAGUAUCUAAAUAUAAGUAGUGAGUUCCUAAAGCUGAAUUUGAUCAACUCUUAAACAGAAAUAUUCAAGAUGCUUCCUGGCUGGAAGCUGCAUACGAUCUUAUGUCAUUGUGUCAGUGUCACACAAAGCUAAAAUACUUCGAGUUACUACCCAAAAUGCCGUUAUACCUCUCCUCUGAAGUAAUCAUCACUGCUUUUCUGUGUAUUGUGUCAUUCUAUGUGGUGAUGUUACGUCGUCUGUCGCUUCUGUUGUUUUGGAAUGCAGCUGUUUGUUCUGCUUUAGGCUCACGACGCCUUACACUGGUUUUAUUUUGUAAAUCCAUGUUUAUCUCUGGGAGACUCGGAGAACAAUUUAAUACAAUGUUGGGAAUUUUGUCUUUGUUUCCAUUCUGGUACGAACAAUCUGAUUCUGGUCUCGUAAAUUAAAUCGAAGAGGCUGAAUUUUACAAUCGUCCUCGGCCUCAGAGGUGUGGAGAUGAAGUUGGAUGGUUUUGCACCAGCAUUUCUUUGGUUUUCUUUCUUUACCAGUCCACUGUGAAUAUGACUUGUAUUUCUUUUGUUGUGCUGUGAAGGUACUACUUUCUCUGUCAACCAAUACAGGACCAAAACAAAAACAGCAGGCCUCCUUGUUUUAUUUCUGGUGAUUGAGUACGAGCUUGUCAUUCUGUCAGUGACGUGAUCUAGAGGAGAAUCACCUUUGUUCCAGAAGUAGGUCCUCAACCAGACAUUACUAGUCGAUGUCAGAAAAAUAAAAGUUAGAAUCAAAAUA